AUGGGCAAGAAGGCUCGCGGGAAGGCUUUCGCAGGUGGCGUCGACGCCAUUGUUGCUGCGAUCCAGGACAGCGUGACGUGCGCGACGUGGUUGGACUACCCAGAGGACGCCAAGGUCAUGGAUGUCAAGAAGAUCAUCAAAACCAGGCAGUGGCUGCAGAAACUCAAGGUCCUCUACGAUCCCCUCGCCUUCAAGAUCACCGAUUUCAAAGCGGCGCUGAAGGAGAUUGCCGACAACGGAGAUGCGUGGGAGAAGCCGCUGAACAAGAAGCACGUGAAACAGUGGACACAUGUGCACGCCAAGCGCAUGAUGCUGGUCUGCCAGCACUACGCCAAGUACUACAGCGAAGACGAGCUCGGUCUCCCAGGCAACGGCGGAAGCGAGAACGAUGGCGAGAAGUCCCUUGUCGACCAGGCCGCUGGCCAGCGGGCUGGAACAGUGGUUACCCACUACGGCUUCUGCGACGAGAAGAGGGCUGCCUGGAGGGCUCUGUCUAGCGACCCGAAGGCGAUUGACUACACGAUGGAUCUUUACAUCGAGCCGCAGAUGAAGGAUAAUGACGCCGUCAAGGCUCGCUGGGGCAAGACCGCGGUCGGCGAGGAGCUGCAUCGGGAGGUCCAGGAGGUCACAGUCAAGGAGUACGUCGAGAUGAUGACCGUCGAGUGGGAGAGCCACAGGGGCCCCUUGAGAGUCAUGAAAUUCAAGGAUGACGAGACCAAGGCCAUCGAGAUCCACAAGACCUGGAAGCAGGCAACGUCGAGAAAGCAGGAGAUGCUGCUACUCUUUUUGGCGGAGAACGCAGAUCAACCCCGCAAGGAGCAGAAGCGCUCGCAGCUGAGCCAGCUCAUCAUCGAGAACUGCAUCAUCGACGACGAGUGGGGGCCUGAGCACAAGGGCGAGAAGGACAUCAUGACGCCCACCAAACGCGCGAUGGUAGCAUCGCGACAGAAUGCCUUGGCCACCUUCAAACUGAUCAGUUGCAAGAUCGCGGACGGCACCAUCUCGCCUGAUGGAGCGACCGCCGAGAGGGACGAGUUGAUAGCGAAGUACGGCUACACCACAGGUAAGCGAACACAGACCGAUAGCUCGAUUGAUGCGCCAGCAACGAAAACUCAGAAGAUGUCGGCGAAGACUGGCGUCACUAAGUGCACCGUCGUGGAUGACGCCCCCGCCAAGCCUAACAAGAAGAUGCUGGCUGCUCCGACGAGUACAUCUACGAGUACAUCUACAGCUGCGUCCUCCUUCACCGUGCCGCCCUCGCGCCUUCACGAGGCCUUCGAGGCCAUUGCCGAUGGCUCCUUGCAGUUGGACGAGUGCGACUUUGAAGAGUCGCAGACGUUUUAG